AUGGAAACCAUUCUCUCUCCUCACUCUUUCUGUCGACUUUUCAAGGCUCCUUCUCUUUCCUCUCCCUCUCUCCAACCCAAAACAAGUUCUUGGCCCAAUCCCAUUUGCUGCACCCUCAAAAAACAAUCUGUCAAACAAUCUUUUACCACACCCACAAGUUGGUUUUCUCAAGUGCAUCAGGGAUUAGCUGCGCUUGCCAUUUCUUUGGCCCUAAACUUUUGCCCAAUACUACCUAAUGAAUCUGCAUUGGCUUCUGAAUUUGAUGUUUUAAAUGAUGGUCCACCAAAGGAGACAUAUGUUGUUGAUGAUGCAGGUGUGCUCAAUCGCGUAACGAAGUCUGAUUUGAAGAGAUUGUUAUCGGAUUUGGAGUCAAGAAAAGGCUACCACAUUAACUUUGUCACUGUCCGCAAGCUCACUAGCAAAGCCGAUGCAUUUGAGUAUGCUGACCAAGUUCUCGAACGUUGGUAUCCAACUGUAGAAGAAGGCACCAACAAGGGCAUAGUUGUACUAGUUACCAGUCAAAAGGAAGGUGCAGUUACAGGUGGCCCUGAUUUUGUCAAGGCUGUUGGUGAUACCAUUCUUGAUGCUACGGUAUCGGAGAAUCUUCCAGUCCUAGCCACGGAAGAGAAGUACAAUGAAGCACUAUUUAGUGCUGCCAACCGGCUUGUGGCUGCCAUUGACGGGCUCCCUGAUCCUGGUGGCCCCCAGUUUAAGGACAACAAAAGAGAAUCUAACUUCAAAACCAGGGAGGAGACAGAAGAGAAACGAGGGCAGUUCACCCUUGUAGUUGGAGGUUUGUUAGUGAUUGCUUUUGUUGUUCCUAUGGCACAAUACUAUGCUUAUGUCUCAAAGAAAUGA